AUGAAUAUCACCAAUCAUGAAGGCAGAGCUGUACCUUUGGCACCAGUUCAUACAGUUGUCAUCUGUCCAACAGCGGACUACAAGGCCCCAAACUAUAUCUGCUAUGAUCAUGUUUGUCAAUACUGUCCCAAGGGAGACCAAGGAGCUCAAGUCCUUUACUAUUUACAAGAAGCCGUUGAUCCACAUCAGAGUGGCCACGAUCACAGGUAUCAGGUGUAUGCUACCAAUGAGCAUGAAAUGCCUCCUCAGCAUUCUAAAGCUAAAAUCUGUCACUUUUGGUGUCAACAUGAGAUCGACAGAAGUCCUUUGAUCCAGCGUACCUGGUAUUAUGUUCCAUGGAGUGACCCCAUUCCUGGCGUUCUUCAAGACGAUGGAAACAUGACUUUCACCGAUCCCGUCUCCGGCCAUACCAUAAUCGAUAGUUCUCCUGUCCUUGCUGGAUUCAGGCCCUACCGCGAAGGAGACACUCCAUUCGACACAGACUGUCAAAAAAUACCCUCCUCUCCAUCAUUUCAACUUGGAACCAAAGUUGCCACUCCCAAUCUUGAUAUUGGUUCGUCGCGAUCCAGAUCAUCUGAAUCCUGUGACAUUGUUGUAACUCCUCGGAGCGAAUACAGUAUCCCAGGAACACAUAGAUUGCCUACUAAUCGUCAGAUACCAGCGGAACCAAUCAGUCAGACUGAGAUUGAGCAGCUCCAUCGUGGUGGAACUGCCUUUGUGUCGCAGUUGACGGGAAGUGAACGAACUCCAAAUAGAGCUGUCUACGGAAGACGAGGUGGAGAAGGAGGAAGAUGUACAGAAGUAGCAGUCUCUCGCGUGAUCACUGGUGGGGUUGGUCGUGGCAACGGCAUUGGAAAUAACAACACAAACCCGCCAAACGGCCCCAGAGGUGGAGGAAAUGGUUGGGGCUACGGUCGCGGUCGAAGAGGACGUCCUACUAGACUUUGGAAUUGGCAUAAUUGA